AAUGUAUCAAUUAGUAAAGACCAUAUUUUAUUUAUGGCUAAUUAUCCUAAUGACCAUAAUCCUAGCUCAUUAAUUUGUUGAGUAUCUAUUGUAUGACGUAAAUUAUUCUAUUGAAAUCUUUUUAAACGUUAAUCAUUCACAUUAAAAAAUAAUUAAGGUAAUCACUUUCACAAGGAGAAAUUCGUAUAUAUACACCAUUACCCAGCAAUAUAAAUUAUUGUUCGUUCCUGAUUCCACUCAGUACACUUCUAUGGUGACAUUAUUUUGGUUUAAAUUUUAAUUUCUAUUUUGCCCAUCGUAAUGAAUCGUGUUAGUGCAAAUAGUGUAAUUCGCCGAUUGGAAGUUUUAGUGGCCGCGUUUUUAGAAGAUAUGCAGACUUUGGACGCAAAUGGUGGCCCAUUGACGGAGGAGCGUAUAUACGAGCUAUGUGAUGAGUGUCUUCAGAAUAAAGUUCGGGAGCCUUUGAUCAAGGCUCUUGGGGAGGCGUUCACACAACCGGCUAUACUCGCGAAGUGUUUUGCUAGCAAAGCAACCGUGAAUAGCGACGAGGAGGUAAAAAUGAAAGAUGACAAGGAGUCAAACGCAAUGAGCUUAUCAAGUGAUCCCGAUAAAGACGUGGAUAGCGUAGCGAGGCCAGAGCUGGACGUCGCCUCGUGUCGUAGAGCGUUUCAAUACCUUGCCAAAGUGCCAUCCGAAUAUUAUAGCUCAGCGUUAGUAACGUCACUGAAAACGCUAGCUGAAAAUAUAUACAUCGAUUUGUGGAUAACUAAAACAAUGAGCAUAGAAGAUGUGGUCAACUGCUUCGUUAUUGCCUUCGAAGUGCCAGACCUUGGACGUAGUGAAUAUUUACAGUUAGCUCUGCCUGCACUCUGCCAGGCAGCUGAACAUUUACCUCUUAAAGGUAAAGCACAACUGGCGCGUAUCUGGGCACAGCACUGCAAGGACAGCUUGCGUCAUAUAUUGGAGACUCUGCAGCAACUCAUCACACUGAAGGUCACAUCCACCAACUACACCAGGCAGUUUCAACUCCAGGAUGAUGAGAUCGUUACUAUGGCAACGAAGUUUAUGAAGAUAAUAUACUACGCAAAUAUUUUAGCUGGUUCGAUGGAGCCAAAUAAACUACGAGAGGAGCCUAUAGUGAUUGCCGAUCAACAAGAUCCGUUCGAGAACGUGCUAAACCUGUACCCUCCGAGUUCCAUGAAGGCCUCGAAUCAGUUACAGCCCGAUGACCCACUAGCCAUUGAAUUAGAUAUUAAUGUAUUAGACGCUAGAAAACCAUACUUGCCAUUCGAGGAGUUCUAUAACAAACCUCUUAGUGAUACUAUUGAAAUGGACGUAGAUUAUGGUAACUAUGAAACGUUCCUAAGAUACCCAUUUAUAUUGACGGUGGCCACGAAAUCCCGUGGCCUGUACUACGAGAACAGAAUUCGAAUGUACUCGGAACGUCGAGCUUCAUUACUACACGCCGCAGUAGGCGCCGAGCCGCCCAUGCCUUUCCUUAGGCUCAAAGUCCGACGAACUCAUAUCAUCGAUGAUGCGUUAGUUGGGUUGGAAAUGGUAGCGAUGGAGCGAGCUUUGGACCUAAAAAAGCAAUUAGUGGUAGAAUUUGAAGGAGAACAAGGCGUGGACGAGGGCGGACUGUCUAAGGAAUUCUUUCAGUUAAUUGUUGAGGAAAUAUUUAAUCCUGUCUAUGGCAUGUUCACCCAUCGGCCAGACUCGCAAACUAUGUGGUUCAAUAUGACGUCAUUUGAAACCGAGUCGCAGUUCACGUUAAUCGGCAUAAUUCUUGGUUUAGCAAUCUACAAUAACGUUGUACUGGCGAUCAAUUUCCCGAAGGUGGUAUAUAAAAAACUCAUGGGUAAGAAGGGAUCUUUUGAAGAUUUGACCGAUUGGAAUCCUACAUUAUACAACAGCUUAAAAGACAUUCUGGAUUAUACCGGCGAUGAUUUAGAAGAAGUAUAUUACCAAACGUUUAGAAUUUGGUAUACAGAUGCAUUUGGCAAUGCCAUUUUCCAUGAUCUAAAAGAGGAUGGAGACAAUAUAUUUGUGACACAGGACAAUAAAAAAGAGUUUGUAGAAAUGUACGCGGACUUCUUAUUAAAUGAGUCUGUGGAGACAAAGUUUAAGGCGUUCAGGCGUGGCUUCCUUAUGGUCACUGACGAAAGCCCACUGGCCGCGCUGUUCCGACCUGAAGAGGUUGAAAUGCUUGUCUGCGGUAGCAAGAAUUUAGACUUCAGUGAAUUGGAGAAAUCGGCAGAGUACGAUGGAGGCUACACGGUAGAAUCACAAACAAUAAAGGACUUCUGGAGCGUCGUGCACAGUCUAUCAUUAGAUGACAAACGCAAACUGUUGGAAUUUACAACUGGGUCGAAUCGCGUUCCAGUGGGAGGGUUUAGCCACCUUAAGUUCGUCAUUGCCAGGAAUGGACCAGACUGUGACCGUCUACCAACAUCUCAUACGUGCUUCAACGUUCUUCUCCUCCCGGAAUAUGAAACAAAGGAUAAACUACAAGACAGACUGAUGAAAGCCAUAUGUUACUCGAAAGGCUUCGGAUUGUUUUAAAAACCAGCGUUGUUGUAAGUCAUUACUGAUUUUUGUACCA